CUCCUCUUCGAACGAUUGUGGAAUCAUGUUGAUUAAAACCAGACUGGGUGAUGUCCAAAAAUUUGUCAGAAUAACAGAGCCGAAUCUGAAAGAGUUUUUGGUCGCAGCAUUUGCAAAGUUUGGUGUGCCAGCUCUGACAGAAGAUGUGAAAGUUUUUGACACUUCGGGAACUGAGUUGGAUGAUGAUGUAUUUGAGGAUGUAGUUAAGGAUCCCUCAACUGGAGUGCUAACCAUCAAACUUGACACUGAAUCUGUUUCUAUGGUGUCUCCUGAGCAAUCGGAACCAUCAUCCCUCAAUUCGUCUGAUUCUCAAGACACAAUCAUCCUUUCAGAGAGUCCUUCCAGUAAACGGCAGAGGCUGGACACAGAAGCCAAACAUUUGGUAGAAACCAUUUUGACCAAGAAGCCAGGUGGGGAAAGCAUUAUAAAUGAAUAUAAUCGAAACAAGUCCUUGACAGAUGAAACCAGAAGGAAAAUGGUGAACAUACUAGCGGCUGACAUAACAGAGAAGAAUGGUACAUCACCACCCAGACAGGUAAAAGAAAUGUAUGCCAGAGGUAUUGUGAGCUUGUUUCCCCACCUCAGUGAUCCAUUCUCUAGGACUGGCUCUGAGCAUUAUUAUGAUGGUGAAAGUGGGUCUGGGUACCUGGCCUGGAGAAUUAAAACUAUUCAGAGAUCUGCUGCCAAAGAACGUCGAUCAUCAUAUGGAACAUCAUCUGCAGGAGCAUCUCAUGAAGAUGGACCUGGAGGACCAGCUGCCAGACGAGAGCCCCAGUUUGUCCCAGAGAUUGUCCUGAGUGAAGAUGAGUGUAAGGAAGCUGUCGCAUUGAUGAAACAUUCAGCUGAUGAGGACACCAUCAAGAAAAAGAUGAAGCUGACAUUUGACUUCCGCCGCAACAUGGUCCUCGACCCACAGCAGUCAAGCAACAUACUGUCUGUCUUUCCACGUUUCAAGGAUGUCAAAGGCUUGGUGGAACAGGAUUUUGUUCUGAUGUUUGGGGAAGAUGUCUCGGGGAAGUUUCUUGAGAAAUGGACAACCGCAUUCAAGAAAAAGAUCAUCCAACAAUGCAGAAAGCUUCCAUCGACCAGAGAGCUUGAAGAUCUCCUCCUGGCAGCUGACACUCCUGAGGAUGGCACUGAAGUGGAUGACGACAUUGGUUGGGACAGUGACCUCGCAUCAAUUUUGCUGCUGUUACACCUGAUUCCCCCCUCUGCCCAAGGCCGCAAGAGACCAGGAAAGGUGUCUGCUUCCCAAGCAGAGAAGCAUCUGUUAGUCUUCAAGAAGUCAGGAACCAGUAUCCAAGAACAUCUGGAUUCUAUCACAACAAGCACACAGCCCUACCUCCUGGCUAUAGGACGAAGUAGGAAAUCAGCCCACCAAUUUUUCAUCAUACUUGACAAAAGUGCCAUCGCUUGCAGGUCGGCCUCCUCAAUUGGUGCCUUUGACGAACUGUUUAAAGCGCAUUAUGUUUUUGCAACAACAUACCACCCGAUGCUGUACAACAUGUUCACGUUCAUCCAGACCACUGUGUACAACAUAGAUGUUGGAAAAGUCAAGGAGUGUCCUCGUGUGGCUGAAGUUCGGGCUCGGUUGCUUCGUUAG